GGUAGAAGUUUGACAGGAGCUCGAGCGGGAGAGGGGACGCUGCCUGGAGCCGGCAAUCCGUUUACUUCAAGAGAGGAGGGGGAAAAAAAGACCAAACCACGGAGGAAAGGAAAUUAAGUCGGAAACGAUCCUCCUUACAAACAGAAAACUAUCCAGGAUUCCUUUUCUGCUUUUUAAAAAAAUUCUGAGGGGUGUCGUUGUCAGGGGGAACCAUGGCUCGCAAAGCCGAGGAUAUCAACAGACUCACGGAGAGCACCUAUAAGACUGUAAUGGAACAAUUUAAUCCAGGAUUACGGAAUCUUGUAAAUUUGGGCAAAAAUUAUGAGAAAGCUGUUAGUGCUAUGGUGGCUGCAGGAAAAACUUACUUUGACGGCAUUUCAAAAUUGGCAGAAUUGAGCUCUCAGUCACCAGUUUCCAAAGAGCUAGGACAAGUCCUAAUGGAAAUUUCUGAAGUACACAAGAAAAUCAACAUGGAUAUGGAAGACAAUUUUAGGAAAUUUCACAAAGAUAUCAUCAGUGAAUUGGAGAAAAAAACUGAUCAGGAUGUGAAAUACAUGAAUGCAACUCUUAAAAAAUACCAAACAGAACAUAGAACUAAACUGGAUUCUCUUGAGAAAUCACAAGCAGAGCUCAAAAAACUUCGAAGGAAAAGUCAAGGGACAAAAAAUGCAUACAAAUAUGAAAAUAAAGAAAUGGAGUUCUUAGCAACCAUUAAUACAAGGGAAAAUGAGAUUCAGAGAUUCAUUACUGAAGGCUGCAAAGAGGCGUUACUUGAAGAAAAGAGACGGUUCUGCUUCCUUGUGGACAAACAUUGCAGUUUUUCCCAAGAUCUAAGCAAUUACCAUGAAAAGGCCAAUGGAAUCCUUGGUGCCAAAAUAAUCAGAUGGAAGGAGAAAUGUUUUGAUGCUACAAAGAUACCUGAAUUUUUAGGUGAAGAUGAAAGCCCCCCAACAUAUAUAUCCAAAACUCCUCAACCUUCUCCAUUGAUUGGAAGAUACACUGUACAUGACCCUGUACUACAAAAUAAUUUGAAAAUCCCACCAGCUCCUCCUGGAAGAGUUCAGAAGAGUCCUUUGCCAGAUAUGUUUAACAACCCAACUGCUCAACGCAUGGCCCCUGUUGAGAGAAACAUUGAUGGAUUAGAGGAUGCCAGUCUAACAAGAUCCAUUUCCGUUGCAACUGGAUUGAAUAUGGUUCAGAGGCCAAAGGUAAAAAGCAUUUUUCCACACACGGCAGGGAAUAACAAAAAUAUGUUGAGCUUCGCAGAAGGUGAUGUGCUAACACUACUGAUACCAGAGGAAAAAGAUGGCUGGCUGUAUGGAGAACAUGAUGCGAACAAAAUGAGAGGUUGGUUUCCGACAUCUUACACUAGGCCAUUGGAACAAGGUCCAGACAUGUCAUCUGCACCCAGCCCAGCGCCAGCACGGAGUAUGAGCAUCCUGAAUCUUGCAGACAGGUCAAAUGUUGUCCUACCUCCUCCAGAUUAUGCCUCCGACCCAGUUAAACAUCACAAGGAGGUAUCAUUCCACUCUUACAGUAGUGCCCCAACUAAAGGGAUCAUCACCCAGUCAGACAAUACAAGUUCAAGUUCAGAGGCAAAUGGCAUCAUGAAACCACCUUUUCUCAGUGGAGGAAAUCCUUUUGCUACAGUAAAGCUCCGACCAACAAUAACAAAUGACAGAUCAGCGCCAGUUAUUUAGUGCACACGUUGUAAAUGUAGUCCUUAAUCAGUCAUGCAUUUGAAACCAACAGAUGCCAUUUUAAAUUAAUGCUAUAUAAGCAAUCAUACCUUUUGUACAAAUGGCUAUUGAUAGUUUAUAUUCAUUCAUGUUAUUUAUGCUCAUAUCCAAAUUAAUCGCUACAGAAAUGCUCUUGUAUGAAUGAUGAUGGGACAAAAAAAAUUCUUAGUUGAAAGAGUACAGCAUUUACAGUGGAUCUUGUUAAUAGGAAAAACUUUUUGUUAAGAGUGCAUUCAUUGUUUGAAAAUGCUGUAUUUUUUACAAAAUCCUGUGCACUACAGUUUAAGCAGAAAUUCAUUCACUUUGUUGUCUAAUAUAUUAUCUGAAACAGUUGUUUUGGGGGGAAAUCUGGAUGCAUUGCUCAUUAUUGAAUAUGGGAGGUAGGACUGUGGAGAUUGUAAAAAUAUAAUCUGCUGGAAAAAAUGCAGGUCAGGCAAUAUCUGUGGAGAGCAUCAAUAGCCUUGCAUCUGAAAAAUCCAGAGCUUGCUUGUUUAUAAGGAUGCAUGUUAUGACUGGUGAUCUUGAAGGAACAAGCCUCAAGCUUAUUAACAUGUGCUUUUGAAACUAGUGAUAUUCUACAACAUAUUUUGUUUUAAGAUCAGGAAUGGAAGCCAUAUUCAUAGGUGUCAACUCACUGUAACCAUUCAUUUCUUCUCUCAGGGAUGGAUAUGUGUGUACAAUUUUUAUUUUCUAAUCUCUCCUCCCUCCAUAAACUAUUUUUCUUUCGUUCUUUCUCUAAAAUCUUUUUAUACCCAACUGGAGUUAAUUAAAGUUGAUGAGGCUUCAUCCACUCUUUUUUUCAGUAAUAUUCUAGAAUUUGAGAUUUCUCACUCCUUUGCUCUGCUAUUUAAAUUUAACAAGUGAGAAGAUGCAAAUAUAAAAUAAGCACAAAAUACUGGCUGGCCCAUUCACAUCUGUAAAGUGAUAAAGGACAUUGACAAAGAUCCACACCAAAAUGUUAAUAGUUUUCACUGAAGUUAACGUUUUGGAUAUAGAACUGCCAGCAGUCCCUCUAUGAGACGAGAGAUUAACCCAUCCUUUUUAUACAUGCUGAUGAGCCUGCUUAUAUUUCCAACAUUUUCUGUUCAUUUUCUGAUUUUCCUUUUAAAUCUGCUACACAUACGUGCACACCUUGCAGUAGGAGCCCAACCAAAUUUAUUUUUCCUAAGGCAGAUUAGAUCCAAUUGCAGUGCAUUUUAAAUGCAUCAGUCAAAGCUUUAUUGAUCUGAAGAAAAAUCAACAUAAUUAUGGGUCUGUACUGUACAUAUUUUCUUUUUAGUUGUUUAAAAAGUGCCAGAGAUGAUAUUUAAAAGUAAUGCUUGUGUGUUCUGUGUUCUUAAUUUGUACACUUGCAAAUUUUCCCAAUUAUAGUCAGAUAAGAUCUAUGUAACAAACUACAAGAUAUCAAUAAGGAAGUCUGACCAUUGCCUGGAACCAACAGAAACAGCACUUCAAUCCACUGCAGCACUUCAAAGAUUAAGCAAUUAUUGUGAAGUUGUAUAAUAAUUUAUAUUCCUUUACUUUUACUGUAGUUUACGAACUAAUUUUAAAGAUAUGGGGAUAUGUGCACUUAUGUAUGGAACAGAGGUGUUGGAAGUCAAUGCUUGUUCUCUAAUACUUUGCCAGUUUCAUUUGUUACUUAUUGAAGUGUUUUGCUUUAGUGGUUAAAUCUAACAGGCUGCUAAUUGGUGACAAUACUUUCAUCAACUUUAAAGGUGUACAUAAAAUGAGACAAUGAACACAAAAAAAAAGGUGUUUGGGCCAAAAUGCAAAUCUAAAAUAUCGAGCAAUUAAAAUAGAACUUCUCUGUUGAUCUCACAGAUGAGAUAUGUAUCUGUAAAUUUAAAGUCUUAAUAUGCACAAACCCUGAAAGGUUAGUAAGAUGGGGAUUGCUAUUUUCCACAGCAAGGGACCUUAAAAUUUACAUCAGCACUUUUCUGGAAUAUCUGUUCCAAGUUAGUAACAAAUCUGCCUUAAAUUUGCCGUUUGUCAUUUUGAGCCUGUGCCAUAUUCUCUUAUGUAGGGUGUUACCUUGCAGUAGUUUUUUUUUCAGAUUUGUCUUUUCUGUACUAAUUAGUAUUGCUCCUACUUCCUGGAAGGACUUGUCUCCAUUGAUUUUUUUUUUUCUUCAGGGAUUAAGUCCCAUUUGUUCUUCCCUCAGUUCUCAUCUGUUAUAGGCCUUACAGCUACAAUCUGCAACUGUUUCUCUUACCGCUCUGCACCUCCCCCCACCACCCCGCGCGCGCACACACAGGAUUACAGUACAUCUUUUGACUUUGAGGACUAGAGCACAUUCAAUUGCCACCACAGCUUCAUCAGAUGUACCCUAUUAUUGAAAUUGGUAUUCAAGGAUUGUUGUUCCACUGUGACUGAAUGUUAAGUAUGACAGUUGUACCAUCCCCAUGUGUAUCUAAUUCAAAGGUUGAACUCAGACCCAGGAACAAUGAUGGCUCCGUUUUUGAAACUGGCAUUUGUACGAGCCCUAGAUACUUUUCAACAUGUUGCCUAGCUACCAUUUUACGUUUAUUUUGCUUUGAGAUGGCUGGACCACUGCUGCCUAUACUUUCUGCUUCCCCACUAAAUAUUGGUUUUAUUCCUAGAUGAUCAGUCAGACCAUAGUGAACGUCAUGAUUAUUUGUGGACUCUCUUACUUUAGAGUAUUAGUCCUAUCAACUGUCUGUGAUCUGCCAUUGUAAAAUUAAGUGAAAUCUAGCAACAGUGCACACUGACCUAGAAAAGACUAUCUGACUAAAAUAACUGAAGUGUUUGCUUAAUACUCAGAAUGUGAUUAAAAUGAAGAGGUGCAGCUCCAUUCCUUUGUUCUACAAAAUUAUAGAGACAAUGCUGUAAUUUGUAACUUUUCAUUAUGGAGCUUAUGUGGGAGAAGUAAAGACUUCCUGUUUAAUGGAGGUCACAGUAAUUCACAGUGGCCCAUAAUCCAGCAAAGGAUGUAUAAUAUGUGUACAAUGCAGUGUUGUCUUGAGAAAACAUUUGUGUUGCUACAAAUAUUCUAUAUUAAGGAUCCCAAUUAAGCAGUAUGGUUCAAUAUUGAACAAUUAGUAUUGCAUAUUUACGGUAAACACCCUCGACACAGCUGUAAGAAUGAGGUCUUCACAGGAUAUUAAGCAGCUAAAGGUACUCUUGUCUUCCCAAACACGCUAAAAUAUGUACUAUUGAGUGUUUCACCAUUCAAGUGGAUAGAUUUGUGAAAAUUUGACUCAUUUUACGCAAACAUAAUAAUAUUGCUAAGUUUGUUAAACAGCAUUAUAAACCUAGUGAUAUUUUAAAUACUCAGCAGGAAUUUACUGAAGAUAUUUGGGCUGUUUAGAGAAGUUUGGUUUAACACUAAACUGAAGAAAAUGCUUAGCAUUCUGUUACUAAAACAUUUUUUUUGCCCAUCAGCAAAGUUGAACUGAAAUUUGCAAAUAUAGGUACUGUGAAUACUGUUAUAGAAACUUAUACAAAUACUGACAGCAUCUGCCAUUCUAAGCACUAUGCUUAGCUGAUGUAUGUGUUCCUAAAUUUUUCAAAGUGUCCUGCCAAAUCUCUAAAAUAUCAUUAGUAGCUGUGUUAAAGGGUUUCACUUUCUUGGUGCCCAGAAACUGAUUAAUUCUGAAGGCGAUGCAGAUUUGCCUGUUUUGUGACACCUCAAAACAACUCUGGACUGUCAUGCUGGGGUUAAUUGUACACCAUAUUCUUAAAUGACAUGGAAAGCUCCUGUUUUCUUUUUCUAUACUUUGUGGGAAACCUAAAGCAGUAGUUCCAAUAGCAUUAUGGAUUUACCACUACCAUUUAAACUUGAUUAGCUGUUGUUUGUCAUUGGGACUUUACCAGGUACAAAUUACCUACCUUGCCUGCCCAGAAAACACACUUCAGGAGUGAUUCAUGGCUGUAAAAUACUUACGGUCAUCGCUAAGUUGUGAAAGGUAGUGAAUGAAAAGAAUGUCUCAUUUUCAUCAAGGCAAGUGAUAGGAUGACUGAAAUGCUCAACGUAAUCCAACCAUGAAAGAAAAAUAAUUCUGCCAGCUAGCUUGAAUACUUUUCUUGUCUGGCCAACAAAUUGCAGUCACAGGUAAAUAGAAAAACUGCAAUUAAAUUAUCCCUAUAUUUCUGAUGGGAAUUUGAAGAUUGGGUCCACAAAGUACUUUAACUUUAAAUUGUGUUUAUUAAAGACUGUCGCAAUGGUGAUUUGCAAUAUGUGUAACUGUUACAUUAAUGGCCAGGAUAAAACUAACAUUGAAAGCUUCAGUAAUACGCAAGGACUCCUGUAAAACUGAUUUUUAGUAGAACUCCAUAGAUUGUUCUGAAUACAGCUUCUAACAGAAGUUCAAUGCAAACAAUUUUAAACUCAGCAACUGUAACCAGAAAUGAUGUCAGGUUUACAUUUUCAGAAAGUCAGGUUUUAAUUGCCCCCUAUUAAGACAUCAGGUAACUGUUCAUUGCCUGACAACCCAUCAAUUUUAUUUAAAUUACACAGGCACAUUCAAAAGAUUUAAUAAUUGAAACUUUACCAAUUCACGAUGGGGUGGUCAGCGAUGGGGGAUCUAGGAGACUGCUGGGCUCUUUUUAAAUACCACUUUUUGGAAGGAUAAAACUAAUUCUAGCUCUAAAAACCACAUGACACUUAUUUCUACAGAGUAGAUGGGACAAAGGUAAAACUAGGAAAGUCAUCUAUUAUUUUGAGAUCCAGUUUUUCAUAUUCCUCUAAACUCAACACUUAAAACUGUUAAAUAUAAUGCUUAUAUAGGUAAAUAUUCUUGUAUCUAAACAGGCACAAUGAGUUUUAACAUCUGUAUAAUUAAUUAUAUAUAGUGAGAUUACACUACUGUUAAAAUGUUUUAGCAACUUUGCACAACAGCUACUAUUUGAUUGUAUUCUUGCCCAUUUGUGUUAAAAACAUGUUAACACAUGACAAAACACGAGUGUUUAAAGAAAGGAAUGUAUGGGAAUAGGUGUAUUUAUGACUAGAAAUCUAUCAUAACACAACCAGCCACAUUAUUUGCAAGAUACCAAACAAUAGCUCUGCUCCAAAGUAUUAAAGAAUGUAGUUUCUCAACCCUGUUAGUUCCUAACUGCCACUUGGUAGUAUUUGCAUUUUCUAGUAUAUUCCAUUUAAUUCUUAAUUGACUGCUACCUCUGCAACAAUGGGAAUAAAAUGCUUUUUUUUUCAGCACAAAACAGAUUAAUAGAAAUGAUGAAUGAAGUCAAAUGUCACUGAGACUUGCCGGACAGGAAACCUAUGGGAUCAGGUAGAAUAAUGAUUUUGACACCCUCAUUAACUAGAGUGAAAUUUGACCCUGUACCCACAGAAUGCCAUAUCUACUUAAUGAGUGGAAAGUGAUACACAAAAAUACAUUUAAAGGUUAUGAUGGACUGCUAUACAGUAAAUCCAACAAAAUUGUCUGCAUUGUUGUUGGUCACCAGUUGCAAGCUGCUUUCACUAAAGGAUAUGACUCCGUGACUGCCAUCAAUGAAGUUCUGUGGUUAGCAAUUUUUUUGUUUUUUUAAGUUGAACAAAACUAUAAAACCCAUUCCCCACCACCACCACCAAGAUGGCCUCAUGUGGUGAUUCAUUCAUUUUGGAGUCUAUAUUUUUAUGCAAGAAAUGCUUGAAGACUAUUCCUCUGGUCUGAAUCAGUUUCCGUGGUCAGAGAACAGAAGCUUGAUUGAUUGGACCUGAAAUCUCUCUUAUUUAUAGUUCAUAAGUAGGUUUAUAGAUUGUGAUUCCACAUAAUUUGUAUAGUUUGAAAUGGCCUAAAACACAAGAAUGUACUGUAAAAGUGGUAAAGGUCUUAAAGUGCAAUAACUGAUCAUAACUUCAGUUUUUAAUUCAUUUAGAGCAGUGCAUUUCUGUACUAAAAGUGCUGAAAUUGUUAUUGACUUAAACUUUUUCCUCUAAGCCUUUUCAUUUGUGAAAUUAAUGUUUUAUAAUUUAAUUCUGAUGUACUUUACAAAUUACUGACAACAGCAAAACAGUAGUAAAAUGAUUUGGUGUAAGUGUACAGGAGAAUUGUUUUUUGUAUAACCAUAAAGUCUGACUUUUACUCA